AUGGUGCUCGACAACACGCCAAAGAGAUCUACGAGAUCGCAGGGUCACUACACUCGGCAGCAACAGCCUUCAUUCUCACUUGGCUCGGUUGUUAAGGGCGACCCCAAGUACAUCGGACCAAGCAACCGACUUACAGAAGCCUGGGUCAAGGAGCAGCAAGCAACCUUCCCGGCCAACCUCAUCAAGCUCAAGACCGAGGCCAAGGUCACCGAGCAUCGGAUUCAGCACAUUUACCAGAUAGGAGAGGAGGUCACCGAGAACCUCGCAGCUUUCGGAGUAACAUCGAAAUAA